ACAAGAGCAAGUGUGUUUGUUGUCCUAGUGACACAUGAUCUCAGAGCCAGAAUGAGAGAGAGAUCAUCUCAUCCACACGUACUGUACUCAUCUUCAUGCCUGUUGCCAAGCCGGGUGCAUUUACAUUAUGAGAGAGAUUUUGGCUCCACUGGAACUGUAAAACUGACUUUUAGCUUCACUUUGGAUUAAAAUAUGCCUCACAUCCCCUCACUGAAUUUACUGGAUCAAGAAUCAGCCCCUAAAAAUAAAGUACACGCUCCAUCUUCUCCUAAGGGACCCACAGAAAAAAUAUGUACUCACUCCCUUAAAAAGCCUGCUACAGUGCCCUUAGUAAGGAACGUAGUCAGGAUGGAGAGGGAGAAAGGCCAUUUGGGAUUCCCUGACUCCGUGUACUCUCAAGCUGCAGCUAUUUUCCAGAAGACUCAUGCCGAGAAAGACCUUGUGCGCGGAUUCAUUCGCUAUGGGUCCAGUGGUGUAGAAGAUAGCUCUGGAUUUGUUGCCGGUGGUGAUGCCGGCGUCAAUCAGAAUGAGCACUGGGCGUAUGAUCUGGCAUUUAACGCCCUAAAAUACCAAGACCUUCUAGAAGACAUCCUGAUUGACAGCCUCUUUUACCGUUCACAGCAAAUGCCAGAUGACCUUAUGGCUCUUGUGAUGGUCUUACUCUAUGACAUUCUGAACAGAAAGUUCCAACCCAGAGAACCAAUGAAAAAAGCAGAGGGGGGACUUAUAAAGGAAGUAAGGCAGGUAGAGGACAGCCUGUAUAGGUUCAAGACAAAACUGGACGCCUGUCUGGCUCACUGUAGAAUAAAGCAGAAUUUGAUAACCAUUGAUAACUUCCUGCCACAGGUUGUCAGGGGAAAACAUCGAAGAAAGCAAACACUACCUCUCUACGCAUGGAUCAACACCCUUAAAGCGAGCAUCGAAAACGUGUGUGAGGUUCUGAGGACAGAAGGUUAUACUCGGGUGGAUUCACACACACAGCUUUUAGGAAAUGUGUUUUGUAAAGACAGACACUGCUCUAAUGUACUACUGUUUCCCAGAAGUGUCCAAAAACGACUGGAGAAAUGCAAACUUAUAACAGAAUACAUACUCAUAAUACAGGAUAAAUCUCGCAGUCUUGUAGCAUGUGCGGUUCGUCCACUGUUAGCAGAAAAGAGUGAUGUUAUGAUGGUGGGGUCCUUCUCCACUCUUACUGUGGCCCAUGUGGCUGUCCAAGCUGCUGCCCGGUCUGGAUCUGUACGUGUAUGUGGGGUCUUUAACCCCACAUUUCAAGAGGAAUUACAAACAACUUUGUCCUCUAUUGGCUGCACAAAUGUAAAACUGUUGUCUGAUGACUUUCAUGAGCUGAAUGAAUGGGAUUCACGCAUUCAGAAGGUUCAGGUGAUUGUUCUGCUUCCACAGUGUUCGGCAUCAGCACUGUGCAACCCUGUUGAGUUCAUCCUCAAUGAAAAUGGAGAUAGAGGGCUGCUACAUGGUUUAUCUAAAGGUAGCAUCUCUGACAGUAAGCUGGAGGAAUUGGUUGCCAAACAGAUGCAAUACCUCAGCCGUGCGCUCACCUCUUCUAAGGUGAAAGCUGUUGUGUACUGCACAUGCUCGGUGUAUCCAGAGGAGAAUGAACUACUGGUGAAGAGAGCGCUGGAAAAGGCAGAAAGUAAAGCAAAAGCACUUCCCUUCAGGCUGGUUAGUGCAGGAUGGGGCGACAGGGAAGAGAAAUUUUUCAAAACAGAAGCAUCUGACUCCACAAAUGGCUGCUUUCUCUGCGUGAUGAAGCGAGGGCAGGAUCCAGCCGAUGUGGAAACAGUGCAGGAUAUUUUGGCACGAGCUGCUGCUAAAGGUUUGCUGGGAGGGCUGAUGCCUCCUGACCCUCUGAACGGAGAGAAACAGAAAAAGAGAAAAAAACAAAAAGAUUCCUUACUAGCUCCUCCCUCGGUCUCUUUGAUUAAGCCAAUCACACCGGUGAAGACCAGUCUGAGUCUGGAGUACGACAUACUUACCGCUUCUGCCAGACAAACUGAAACCAUUCAAAAUCACACUUCUCUGAAUCACAGUCCCAUAGAUCAGAUUUCAGUUAUGGAUGGCACUUCCAGCUCUACUAAACCUUCUUAUGUUCAGUACCAAGCAUCCAAUGAAAUAACUCAAUAUCCUACUGUUCAAAAGAAGCAAUCAAAACCCCAGAAGCCUCAUACUAAAGCUCCUAAGCAGUCUAGGAGAAAAAAGACGAGCAAGUCCCACACUAAUAAAGAACAUCAGAGCAGGACUCAUCAGCCAUCAAGCAAGAAACUGUUGCAGCUUCGGCCAUCUCAACACACUACAGCACCUCCCAAACACAAUUCUCAAACCAAACCGACUACUUUCAGAACUCCAGCGUCAACAUACAGCAGAGCCGUAUCUGAGGAAGCACUGAUUUCAUUACAGGAAGUGCUUAAUCCGAAACAGGAAGUUAUCGCAUCAAAGGUUGUCAGGUUGGAAAAGGAGUUCUCUCUCCCUCCUGUUUCUCAGCUCAGUCGUGCACACCUCUCUUCAUCCCUUAAUCGUAUGUACUCCUCCGCCUCCUCUAGUUUCUCCACCCCUCUUUCUUCAACCAGCAGUAUCGGGAAGAGCCCAGACUCCAUGGUUUCACAUUCAUGAGCAUGGCGCUGAGCUACAAAAUGUUCAUUAAUACACAUCCCAUUUAUCCCAUACAAAAGACACAUUUUAAGAAGAAGCCUUUAAUGUUAUGAAUGUUGA